CGAGCUUCGCACGGGGGGCAGGGUCUGGAGCGCGUGGCGGUGCGUGAGCGGCACGCGGACCGCGCGCGAGCCUGGAUGACGUCACACGCCAUAGGGCCCGCCCCUUCGCGCCUCGGGGUUGGCGGGCGCUCAGGGGAGACGCCAAGAUGGCGGCGAGUAACUAUUACGGAUUCGCGCAGGGCUCCGGCUCGCAAUACAGUGCUCAGCCUCCGACGGCUUUCCCACUCCCAGCUGCUGGAACCAGUUUCGCUGCGCAGCCUACUCCUGGACUGGGCCCUGUCCUGCCCCCAGCAUUUCCCGAGACUGCCCAGCCACCGAGGCCCAUCACUCCAGUGGGGUAUGGUGGGUAUCAUCCCCACUCUGGCCAGGACCUCGGUUACGGCAGCCAGCCCCAGGAGCCCACGCCAGCACCCUCCACGGCCCCCUCCUACCAGGGUAGUUACAGUUACGGACUGUCAACAGCUGCCAGUGGCUACGAGAACAAACAGUAUCGGCCGCCUGCUGCUGGCCCACCUCCUCUCCCAGCCACGGCCUCGCUCUGUCCGUCAGGGACCCAGGGACCCUGCAGUGGAUACAGCCAAGGGCAGCUUCUGCCACAGGCACCCACUGCUGAGGUGGGGCAGCCAGCCAGCGCUGCAUCUUCCAGCUAUACCUGCCCCUCGGCAGCAAGCAGUGCCCAGCCCACGGCCUCCUCCAUCCCCACCCUGACUUCCUACAGCCCAGCCCCUGCCCUGUACACAGGAUCAAGCUACCCGAGCUAUGAUGCAUCUGCAUACUCAGUGGCCAGUCCUUACUAUCCUCCACUGCUCCCCCCACAGAUGCAGCCCCUGCCUGCCCUGGGGCUCCCCCAGCCACCACUGCCACCUCCACCACCACCACCGCCCCAGCAGCCUCCCCCACUCCCAAAGCCCAUGGACUCAUCCCCAUGGGGUGGCUCAGGAAGUAGUCCCAGUGCCGGUUCUGCUGACAACUUUGCCAAGAAGCUACCAGUUCCCACCAAGCUGCUGAAACCCAGAGCUGGCCCCAAGCAGCUCCUGCUUCACUACUGUGACAUCUGCAAGAUCAGUUGUGCAGGUCCCCAGCAGACCUACCGUGAGCACCUGGAAGGGCAGAAGCACAAAAAGAAAGAAGCAGCUCAGAAGAUGGGCAUCCAGCCCAACGGCAGCCCAAGAGGGGUGCAGGCACAGCUGCACUGUGACCUGUGUGCUGUGUCCUGCACUGGGGCAGAGGCCUACACCGCCCACAUCCGGGGGGCCAAGCACCAGAAGGUCUUCAAGCUGCACACCAAACUGGGAAAGCCCAUUCCCACCAUAGAACCGGCCCCAGAGAACUCCAGCUCGUCCCAGGCCACUGGCACCAGCAAGACAGCCUCAACCUCCCUCCCCACAGAGAGCCCCCCCUUGGCCUUGGCCAAGCCUUCGGCCCCUGCUGGCCCCAGUGUGUGUGCCCCAGGCAGACCGGCGCCAGCCAAGAGACCAGCUGCUUCCAAGGCCUCGCGCGUGGGGUCUCUUGAGCAACGGACAGCAGACAGCCGUCUCCCCGAGGGGAAACCAGCACACCCCAAAUCUGAGCGGCCCAGAGAACUCUCCACCAGCGGAAACUCUCUGGAAGCUUCUGGAAGCUUCUGUGACACGCAGCCGGUGGGCCCAGGCUACGUGGAGGAGGUGUGCAAUGAGGAAGGCAGAGUGAUCCGCUUCCACUGCAAACUGUGUGAGUGCAGCUUCAAUGACCCCAACGCCAGGGACAUGCACGUGAGGGGGCGGCGACACCGGCUGCAAUACAAGAAAAAAGUGAACCCUGAUCUUCCGAUUGCUGACAAGCCCAGCACAAGAGUUCGGAAGCUCCUGGAAGAGAAGCUGAGGAAGCAGCGUCAGCUGACCAAAAGGCGGCUGGGGGAGCUGCGGCGCCUGCACAAUGAGAUGAGGCGCUACGACUUGUGCAAGAGGCGGCUGGAAGAGGAGCCACAGGUCCAGGAUGCACACCCAGGACGCUCACCUGACCAGCACCCGCCUCCUCUCAGGAGCAGGCCAGGGGCCCCCGCAGCCAGGCCUCUGCCCACAAGGCGGCCAGAGUCCAGCGAUGACCGGCAUGUCAUGUGCAAGCACGCUGCCAUCUACCCCACGGAGGAGGAGCUCUUGGCUGUCCAGAAGGCCGUUUCUCACUCGGAGCGCGCCCUCAAGCUGGUAUCUGACAUGCUGGCUGAGGAGGAUUCUGCGAGCCCAGAGCCAGAGGUUGGGGAGUGCAGCCGCCCCAGCUCCUCUUCUCGGAUCCUGAAAGGCGUGAUGCGGGUUGGCCUCCUGGCAAAGGGCCUCCUCCUUCGGGGAGACAGGGCUGUGCAGCUGAUCCUGCUCUCCUCCCAGAAGCCUACCCGCGCCCUGCUACACAGAGUCGCCGAGCAGCUGCCCCUCCAGUUCCCGAUUGUGACAGAUGACAAGUAUGAGGUCUCCUCAGAUCCUGAAGCCAACAUCAUCAUCUCCUCCUGCGAGGAGCCCAAGAUGCAGGUCACUGUGUCCAUCACCUCACCCCUGAUGCGGGAGGACCCCUCUACAGACCGAGAAGGAACAGAGGCGCCUCUGCCUGAUCCGGGAGAUGUCCUGAGCCCAGAGAAGUGCCUCCAGUCUCUGGCUGCCCUCCGACGCGCCAAGUGGUUCCAGGCAAGAGCCAGUGGCCUGCAACCCUGUGUGAUCGUCAUCAGGAUCCUUCGGGACCUCUGCCAGCGAGUGCCCACCUGGGGGGCCCUGCCAGACUGGGCCAUGGAGCUGCUGGUGGAGAAGGCUCUGAGCAGCACGAAGGGGCCCCUGAGCCCUGGGGAUGCCGUGAGACGGGUCCUGGAGUGUGUGGCCUCGGGGACACUCCUGACAGAUGGGCCCGGGCUCCAGGAUCCCUGUGAGAGAGACCAGAUGGACGCCCUCGGGUCCAUGACCCUCCAAGAGCGGGAAGACAUCACGGCCAGUGCUCAGCAUGCCCUGCGCAUGUUGGCAUUCCGGCAGAUCCACAAGAUCCUGGGCAUCGACCCUCUGCCGCCCCCCAAAAGCAGGCCUGGGGCGCGCUUCCGGAAGAGGCCUCGGGAGGCAGGCGAGGCCGAGGAGGGCAUGGGCCCAAGGAAGCGGGCCAACGGGGUGGAGAGGGGCCCUCGUGAGCAGCCUCGCCUCCCCAACGGGACCUGACGCACCGCUGAGUGGCUGUUUCAACCUUGACACUGGACAGUCGUGUUUUCCUUUCCAGUAACAUUCUGUAGAUUUCUUUCAGGACACUUGUGCUUAAAUCAUUAGUGAAAUCUCUUCAUCUGGCAAUUUAAGCUGCAGUGGGUGGGGGUGGGCGGGCAGCACCUGAGGCCAGCCUCUAUCUAAAGCCUGACAUUUCUUGCUAGCUUUAAACUCGCCCAUGGCCUACUAAGAGUGUGGGUAUCUAAAUCACCUUGUGUGGAUGCCCCCACUGUGCGUGGACUUGAAAUCACACUGGCAAGCCUGUCGGGGGUCCCACAUCAGUAAGUCUGGUUCCAGAAGGCAGGUCAGAAGUUCUGAGGUGGUGGCCAAGCCUAAGGGCAUGCCCAGGUCGGGGUGCCCAGACCCCAAGCCCCACCUGCUGCAAGCACACUGCCCCUCCCACUCCCCAGCCUGGAGAUGGCCCCCACGCAGGCAGAGGUCUGCAGGGCCCCUGCUGAGCUUGUCCUCUGGCCCAUGGUGGGGAGGCCACAGAGCCAAAAGGUGGUGAGGAGGUGGGCUGGGUGCACUCCUGACUCCGGGAACAUCUGUGAUCCCCAUGGCACUGCACCCCAUGCCAUUGCGUGCCUUCUGCACUACGAAGAGCCGCUGUGUUCAUCUCGUUUGAGGCUGUGUUUGCCUUUGUCUUUCCCCAAUCCUCCCUGCACAGGUGCAGCUGACAUGGGUCCAGGCCUUGCCCCUUAGGAGCAGGGUCUUGGGGCUCUGCCUAGUGCAGGGCACAAGGUCAGGUACCUCCUGGCACUGACGGACAUGAGGGCACCCCUGCCCGGCCCCUGCCCUGAUCCAUCCAAACCUCUCGGCUGCUGCCUAAUAGCGCUGAAGGAGAAAAGUCUUUGGGCCUAUGUGAUCUUUGGUCACUUGAUUGCUUCAAGUUCAUUUUUGUGUUUAAGGGACAACCUGUGUGUGGCUUCAUAGCUAAUGUCUUCGUAGAGCUACUUGGAAGUUUGGGGUUGGGGGAGGGGGGAAUAAAUAAGAUGUGUUUAUCUCUUGGUGUGGACUGCGCAGUCCUUCCUCGAGGUGCGGUGACUUCUUGGGGCUCUAGGCAGGGCCCCUGACCAGGCAGCAUGUCUCCCCGAAGCUCUCAGGCUGUGGGCCCCCCAGGCCACUCCCACACUGAGGUCCCCUGAGGAUGCAGAGAAGCCUGGCUCUGCAGACACCACCCCCCACUCCGAAGGAUCUAGCCCAAGAAGCACUCAUGUAAUACACGUCCCACAGCCACUCAAGGAACCUGUCCUGGCCUGCUCCAGGGGGCCAUCAAAGGGAGGGUGGGCAGCCCUGGAUGCCUUCCUGGAAGAGGGGGGGCAGCCAAGCUGAGUUGGGAGGGGUGGGUAUCUGAGUCCCCCCAGAUAUUCAUUGCAAAACUCAGAAGGUGGAGUUCAGAUAGGGAGACCUCCUCACAACUGGGCCUCUGACCGCUUUAAGCACACAGGGCAUCCCCAGGCAGUGGUUGUGGGACAGAGAUGAGAGGUGGCUGCAAGGUUGCACUGGUCCCUAGUGGGAGUGGUACAUGCCCGUGAGCGCAAUCCAGGGAGACAGCCAGGGCCCCCUUCUCAGAGCCAGGCCAAGGGGAUGUCAGUGCUCCUGCGGGAGCUUACCCUUCUAGCAGGUGCAUUAUCUACUGGAAACAGGAAGCAUCUGGUUGGUGCCUGACCACUCUGACCUCCCUGGGAGGGCAGGCCUCUCUCCUCUGCUACUGGGCCCUUCCUGAAGGAUUGGCACCCUAACAACACCGGGGAGGCAGAGCCACCCUCAGCUGGUCCUGGCCAUGGCCACAGUGAGCACAGGGGACAUCCUCCGCCUUGUGCAGGGGAGCUUCACCCACACACCCCUGUCCCUCUGCAUCUUGGUUGACUGCUCUGCCAUUCACUCAGCUGUCCAGGCUGACCACCACCACCGCCGGCAAGUCUUCCUGGGUUCCUUUGUGCUCAGGCCACGUCAUCUAGAAGUCCUGUCAGUCCCACUUCUGCUGCUCUCGUUUCAUAGCUUCUGGCAUUCUGCAGCUUCAGCCCUCCAGCAGCUGGGGGCUCAGGAUAAAACUCAGGAUUGCACUCAAGAUAAUACCCCAGGAGUUCCCGUCGUGGCGCAGUGGUUAACAAAUCCGACUAGGAACCAUGAGGUUGCGGGUUC